CUCAUAUAUAAAGAUUAAUCUAUGCUUAAUUGUUACAAAACACCUUUUUACGUGUCAACACAAAGGAUAUGGAAGUUUUUCAAAGGAUUUAAUAAAGAUAUUCUGUUUUACACAAAAUGAUAUUCAGUAUGAAGUAGAAUGAUUAAUUUUAAAGUGAUGAUAUAUCUGUGAUAUUUGUCAUGACAACAUACAAAAUAUAAAGGAUUUUUAUUUAUUUCUAUAAAAGAUAAUACAUAAAUAAUUAUUAUUUCAUCAAUGAAAUAUCCUAAACUAUUUAUUCAUUAUUUAUAUAUACUGACAAUUUUCGAAUCUAUUUUAUUCAAAAUAGAAUCAUUGAACUUCAAUGUACCAAAUUACAAAAUUAUUUAUAUUGAUGAUUUCAUUUCUCAUCCUAAAUGGAUGUCAACACAUAAGAGUUUUACUUUCCCAAAGAAGAGUCGUAUAGUUCAAAUAUCUGUUCAUUCAUCGUCAAACAGUUUGUUUGUUGCAGUAAAUAAUUCAAUUAUAAGAGUUUCUGCAGAAACCUUCAUAAAAAAAGAUGAAGCUAGUUGGUCAUUGUCUAGUCAAGAUAUAUCAACCUGUUCUGAACAAGAUUCUAAUAGAAAAAUUCCAUGUAAUCAAUAUGCUGUGACUUUGCUAAAAGUUGUAGAUAAAAUAUUUCCUGGGCUAAAUGAUUCACCUUUACAUCGAGCCGGAGUUUAUGUAUGUUUAUCCAAUGGAUUAAUAGCUGAAUGUUCACUUCGUCAGGCUAACAAUUUACGUGCUCCAUCGAAAAUACACUGGAAAAGUGUAGAUCAUUGUCCAAUAGAUCCUGAUCGACCAGCAGUUGGUUUUGUCGCAAGUACACAAAAUUUGUACAUAGGUACCAAAAUAGGAUCAUUUAAAAACGCUGAAAUGCGUAUUAUGAAAAUAAAUUCUGUAGAAAAUUUGAAUUCAAUCCAACCAUUCAAAUAUCCUAUUCGCACAUCACCUGAUGACAGAAUGAUAAAACAAAAUAAUAAUACAAUAUUUGUACAUAGUUUCGAGUUUCACAAUGCUGUGUACUUUUUGUUUCGAGAACUGGCUGAUGAGACAGCUGAAAGUUGUGAUAAAUCUAUUGUUGUGUCACGAAUCGGUCGAUUGUGUAGUUCAGAUGAUGGAAACAUGUUCGGUGUUUUCAAUAAUUUUCUCAAAGCAACAAUUACUUGUCUGUCAACACCUGAAGAUGGUUCUAACAGUCUGGUAUUCACUGAAAUUCAGGCUGUGUAUGUGGAUCAAUCAACUAAAACUUUAUUUGGAACGUUCCAAACCUCAUCAUCAAUGCCAACUGCAUCAGCUAUCUGUGAAUACAGUUUGGUAGAGAUUGAGUCAGUAUUUAAUGGAGAAUUUUAUAAAAAUGAUGGAGUUGCCACAGCAACUAGGAAUGAUUAUAAUUGUGAUAAAGUUGCAUCAAAUCCGUAUUCGAAAAAUGACUAUCAUCUUAUGUUUAAAACUGUCAGACCACGAUACGACAGACCAAUUCUAGUACAGCAAGGCGAAAUAUAUACACAAAUUGUGGUCAGUAAAAUCCCAGGAACAUUAAGAAGUGAUAUGAAUAUGGUCAUUUUGUGA